AUGUCAAGUGCUUUGGGUCGUAUACGUCUAAUAACAUUCGACGUCACCAAUACGUUACUGCAGUUUCGUGGUAGUCCUGGAAAACAAUAUGGGGAGAUAGGAGCACUUUUCGGUGUACUCUGUGAUAAUGCUGAACUCGCACAAAAUUUUAAGGCUAAUUGGUACACAAUGAAUAGGAAAUAUCCAAAUUUCGGACGUAAUUCUCGCAUUAACUGGCAGCAAUGGUGGCAUCAGCUAAUUGGCAGUACGUUUUCGGACAGCGGUUCAUUGAUACCCGAAGAAAAAUUAAGUAGCUUAGCAAAUCAUCUGAUCGAACUUUACAAAACAAGUCUUUGUUGGCAGCAUUGCAAUGGCAGUGUAGAUUUACUAAAUUAUUUACGUUUGCAACAACAACUCGCUACAAACCAUAAUGAUAAUGAUGUUGGUGAUAACCACCGCUGUCACAAGUCACAAAUAGCUUUAGGCGUCAUAUCAAACUUUGAUCCUCGCUUAGACACGCUAUUGCGUAAUCUGAAAAUUAAGCAUUAUUUUGACUUUACAAUUAAUUCGUAUGAUAGCAACGUUGAAAAGCCAAGUCCUGAAAUAUUCGAUUUAGCCAUGAAGUUGUCCGAUUUGGAUCACUUAAAGCCAGAGGAAUGCUUACAUAUCGGCGACGGACCUACUACGGAUUACUUAGCUGCCAAAAAUGUUGGUUGGAAUGCUGUGCUGAUACACGAGAAAAGUGUGAACUACCUCAUUAAAAGAUAUGGCGAUAAAAUAGAGGAUCAUUUUGUUUUCCAAAGUUUAUAUGAUUUUCAUAAAAAGUUUUCAAAUAAUUUUAUAAAUUGGUAACUAUUUUGAUACUAUAAAGAAUUAUAUACACUACUACCAUAUAUUAAAAAAAUCAACGAAUUCAUACGUAUAUUGGGGGGGUAUCAGUGAUCACCAAGUGUUCGAUGUGUGUCUCCCAGCGAAAUUGAAUGUUUUUCAAAAAGUUCGACAAGUGGGUCCUGUGGUUUAUGCGUUUCUUUGUCAUACUCAAUUCCAAUAGCCCAUAGCGAUUCCAAAUCGUAUUGUUCACGAGCUUCAGGAGAGAAGACAUGCAGCGCAAUGUUACCUUUAAUAAUUAAAGCAAACAUUUUAUACCUUUUUAUUAAUUAUUUAAAGAAUUAUAAAAAAGUAUCUACCCAAAUCCAAUGCCAUCCAUUGUCGACUAUUUUCACCUUCUAUCUUUGGUAAAAUCUCUCCUUUUGUUCGCUUUACUUUGUAAAUAUGUCUCACAAAUUCCGCAAUCGCCAGCAUGUGUCUAUAGCUCCGACCGCUACAUACUACCAUAUAAUCUACAUAUUUUAAAUCUUUAGGAACAGAACAUACAAAAACAUCUUCCG